CGUUAUUCUAUUAAACUAUUAUUUAUAUUUACAAUAAAAGAUAUAUAAAGUUAUAAACACUAGAAAUCCCAAAAUAAAUGUUUUAUUCAAAAUAGUACUUUUCUUUAUCGUAAACUACCGAUGUCAUAACAAAACAAUUCAACACCGACCGAAUAACAUCCGAGACCAGUAUAGACCAGUAUGAGUAUUAUCAGAACCCCGAUAUUCAUUUUCUUUUUCAUAUUUGAAAGUAGAAAUUACUCCUGAACAUUCAGUUCCAUGUUGAAGUCAUCAAGUACACUGUACACAAAGAGUCAAAAGACAUUCCCUUUAUAGCUACCAACUUUACCUCCUUCAAACAAAUUCAAAAUAUCUCCACUUCAACCACCAAUCUAUUGAUCUGAAUCACUAAAUUAGGGUUUAAAAACAGUGAUUCAACUUCAAACCACAAUGAUUUCAUUUCAUUCGUUAAUCUAGGGUUUCCUCAAUCCAGUUCAAGCUUCCGGUAUCAAAAUCCCUUCAUAAAAUGUUACUUUCAUCUCGGAGUUCGUUGGAAGUAAUGCUCGAUUCUCUCCGCCUGAGAGACAACUCCGGCGAGAGUUCACCGGACUUGCCGCCGGCGUUACCGUCACGACCGAUCUCCAAAGCUCGCCUCCCGAAGCGGCUGAUCCGGUCCACAAUUGCAGUACAGCAUGUUGUUUCUUGUGAUACAAGUAACAACAACGAAAAACUAGAUGUUAAAUGCAGCAGCAGAAGCAGUGGUGGUGGUGGUGGUUGUGGUUUUGGACGGAAGAAGAUGAUCGGAGCUGCGGCUGCCGCCACGUCAUCAGUUUCGGUUGACAGUAUUGGUUAUUUCAUUAGAAAUAAACUUGGAGUGUGGUGUAAGUCGCGAAACGAUCGGUGGGAGUUAGGGAAAAUCGAAUCAGCGGUUGGUGAAGAUGUGACUGUUAGGGUUUCGAAUGGGAAUAUGAUUACGGUGUCUAGACGAGAGUUGUUACCUGCGAAUACGGAUGUUCUUGAUGGAGUUGAUGAUCUUGUUGAACUUAGUUAUUUAAACGAACCAUCGGUUCUUCAUAGUCUUCAAUAUAGAUACAAUCGCGAUAUAAUUUAUAGUAAGGCGGGCCCUGUAUUAUUAGCGUUUAAUCCCUUCAAGGAUGUAAAUAUUUACGGAGAUGAUUUUGUGGCGGUGUAUAAAGAGAAGAUUUUGGAUAAUCCUCAUGUAUAUGCUGUGGCUGAUGCUGCAUACAAUGAUAUGAUGAAAGAUGGUGUGAAUCAAUCUAUUAUUAUCAGUGGCGAAAGUGGAGCUGGGAAGACAGAAACUGCAAAGUUUGCAAUGCAAUAUCUGGCAUCGGUUAAAAGCCAGAACUAUGAGAUGAAAUCUAAACUAAUUCAAACCAGUUGUAUCCUGGAAGCUUUCGGGAAUGCAAAGACUUCCAGAAAUUGGAAUUCUAGCCGAUUUGGGAAAUUAAUAGAUAUACAUUAUAGUGCAGAGGGGAUGAUAAGUGGUGCUUGUAUCCAAACAUAUCUUUUUGAAAAGUCAAGAGUAUCUCAAAUAUGUCGUGGAGAACGGUCGUACCAUGUAUUUUAUCAGAUGUGUGCUGGGGCCCCACCUGUUCUUAAAGAUAAGCUGAAUUUAAAAAUGUCAAGCGAGUACAAGUUUCUUAAUCAGAGUGGAUGCUUGAAAAUUAAUGGUGUUGAUGAUGCCCACAACUUUAUAAAGCUAGUGGAUGCCUUUGAUACACUUGGAAUUCAUGGUCUGGAUCAAGAAAACAUAUUUGAAUUGCUUGCUGCAAUUCUAUGGCUUGGGAAUAUUUCAUUUGCAGCAAUCGAUGAAGAACUUGUUGAGCCUGUGGCUGAUGAAGCGAGUCGAAGUGCUGCUAGGUUAAUGGGCUGCAAGAUGGAUGACCUCAUGAUGGUGUUAUCUACCAACAGAGCUCAUAAUAUGACCGAACCAUUGACAUUGCAGCAGGCAACUGACAAAAGAAACACAUUGGCAAAUUUUGUUUAUGAGAGCCUGUUUAAUUGGCUCAUUGAAGAAGUUAAUACAUCACUUAAAGGAAACACACAACAUACUCGACACGCCAUAAGCAUAUUAGACACGUACGGAUUUGAGUCAUUGCAGAGAAAUAGCUUACAGCAGUUGUUUAUAAACUACGCUGAUGAGAGACUGCAGCAGCACUUCAUUCGCCAUCUUUGUAAGCUUGAACAAGAGGAGUACGAAUUAGAAGGAAUCCACUGGAAAAAAGUAGAGUUUGAAGACAACCAAGAGUGUUUGGAUCUGUUUGAGAAGAAACCAAUGGGGAUAAUAUCAAUGCUCAAUGAGUGUUCAAAUUCCUCCAUAGCCACAGAUACGACAUUCACCGAAAAGAUUAAACAACACCUAAGUUAUAAUCUUUGUAUUAGCUGUGAAGAAGGAGCUUUCAGGGUUCGCCACUAUGCGCGAGAGGUUCAAUAUGAUGCUUCAGGGUUGUUGGAAAAGGACAGUGAUAAAUUACAGUUUGAUACCAUCCAACUUUUGUCAUCUUGUAAGAAACCCUUGAACCUUUCGGGUUCGGCCUCUGGUGUGAUGAACCAGGUCCAAGCAGCAGGUCAAAGUGUUGGGUCAAAGUUCAUGGAUCACUUGUCCAAAUUAAUCAACCAAAUGGAGAAUUCAAAGCAACACUUCAUUCGAUGCAUAAAACCAAAUACCAAAAAACUUCCUGGAAUCUACGAAAGCGACAUCGUAUGGGAACAACUUAAAUGUAGCCAAGUUAUGGAGGUAAUGCAAAUAUCAAAAUCAAGAUACCCGUUACGCUUCACACAUCAAGAAUUUGCUAGCCGGUUUGGCUGCCUUUUAUCGACGAAUGUUAUGUGUAUGGAUCCAUUGAGUACAUCGGUUGCUAUUCUGCAGCAGCAUCGAGUACCCACGCAAAUGUACCAAGUUGGAUUUACAAAAUUGUUUUUCCGAGGACAGGUUGAUGCAUUGGAGAAUUUGAGACAAGAAGUUCUAGGAAGUACUCGUGAACUCGAUAACCGUUUCCUUGGUGGUCGAGUUCUUGUUGAUUUUCAUGAGUUGAAGUUUGGAAUUGUGACAUUGCAGUCAUUUAUUCGUGGUGAAAAUGCAAGAAGGGAGUUUAAUGUUUUGAAGAAACAGAACCAUGGGAUUGCACUAAGUUCACUUGAUGAACACAUGACAACAGUUGUACAUAUACAAUCAGCUUCAAACAGUUCAAGGCAUGCGGACCAAAAGAGUUUACCGGAGAAGAUGGCCCUACCACCAUGUUUCAAUGGGUUGAUUCGAUCGAAGUCACCCUGCGCCAAAGCGGCUGUCCUGAAAAUCCCCGUACCCUAAAUGCAACCGGCGUCUUCCAGUCUCGAGCU